AUGGCCGGACCCAGAUUUAUUUCCAACAGAACUUCCCAACAUGCUUUAUUAUCGAAUUCGGAUUACACUUGGGAGUAUGAAUAUUAUGAAUAUGGGCCAGUUUCUUUUGAAGACCUCAAAGCUCAUAAGUAUUCCAUUGUGAUUGGGUUUUGGGUUGGCCUGGCUGUCUUCGUCAUUUUUAUGUUCUUUGUGCUGACCUUGUUGACAAAGACAGGAGCGCCACACCAAGAGAAUACAGACUCUUCAGAGAAAAGGCUCUGCAUGAAUAACUUUGUGGCUGACUUUGGCCACCCACUGGAUUCUGACAGGAUCUUUUCUCCACAAGCUGCUGAAGAAUCCAGGUUGCUCUUCCACUGUUACAUCAAUGAAUGUGAGAACAUGGACAGGACAAAACAGUGCCUUAAAAUGCCUGUUAUGGACAGUAAUAUCCACUUCCAGGAGGUAAGUCAGAAUAGUGGGAGACUGGAAGAGGAGCUGCAUUCCCACACAAAAUUCAACAUCCCCAACUUUGUGAACACUGACCAGAAUUCUUCCCUGGGUGAAGAUGACCUGCUGAUUUCAGAGCCGCCUAUCAUUUUAGAGAACAAACCAGUAAGUCAAGCUUCCCAGCAAAUUCUUGACUGA